AAUCAAUCUCUUUCACCAUUUGUGCCACUUGUGCGUCACUGAGUGCGCACGGCGCCCUGCCUGUCACCGCCGCCGCUGCUGCUGUUGUUGGAGGAGAGGCUGUGCGCUCACACCCACAUUCAACAGGCACUGGUGGAUAGCUUACUUGUUAUAUGUAGGGUGUCACCCUGUUUUGUAUUACUUCAACCUCUGGGGGAGAUGUGUGCUUUUUCAGGGGUAGUGAUGCGUUGAAGUUGCGCGCUAUGGUGCCUAUACGCAAAUCCUCCCCCACUACUCCAGCUUUGCACCUCAGUAGGUAGAGCAGACUCGUGAAACAACCAAGGCUUCCACUAUAUUCGGGGGGAAAGGAGAGGAGGAUGGCAGCUCCACAUAACGGAUCCAACAUAACGGCGAACUACACUAACCAGUUUGUGCAGCCGCCUUGGCGCGUCGCCCUCUGGUCCGUUGCUUACAGCUCCGUGCUGGCAGUGGCGGUGUUUGGAAACCUCAUAGUGAUAUGGAUCAUUCUUGCCCACAAACGAAUGAGGACGGUCACGAACUACUUUCUGCUAAACUUGGCGUUUUCGGACGCGUCAAUGGCCGCGUUCAACACUUUGAUAAACUUUAUCUACGCUGCCCACGGGGAGUGGUACUUCGGAGAAGCUUACUGCAAAUUCCACAACUUCUUCCCGGUCACAUCCGUGUUUGCGAGCAUCUACUCCAUGACUGCGAUAGCUGUGGACAGGUACAUGGCCAUCAUCCAUCCUCUGAAGCCUCGUCUCUCUGCCAAAGCCACGACAGGAGUCAUCAUCUGCAUCUGGAGUCUGGCCGUGGUUCUGGCCUUCCCUCUCUGCUACUUCUCCACCACCAAAACUCUGCCUCACAGGACCGUCUGCUAUGUGGCCUGGCCCCGCAUGGCCGACGACCACUUCAUGUAUCAUAUCAUAGUGACAGUUCUGGUCUACUUACUGCCUUUAGUGGUGAUGGGCAUCACUUACACCAUCGUGGGGGUGACGCUGUGGGGAGGGGAGAUCCCGGGAGACUCAUCUGAUAACUAUCACGGACAGCUCCGGGCUAAAAGGAAGGUGGUGAAGAUGAUGAUCAUUGUUGUGGUGACCUUUGCCCUCUGCUGGCUUCCCUAUCAUGUCUAUUUCAUUGUGACGGGUCUUAACAAGCGUUUGAACAAGUGGAAGUACAUCCAGCAGGUUUACUUGUCAGUGCUGUGGCUGGCAAUGAGCUGCACCAUGUACAACCCCAUCAUCUACUGCUGCCUCAACAGCAGGUUUCGAGCUGGCUUCAAGCGAGCGUUUCGUUGGUGCCCGUUCAUCAAGGUGUCCAGCUACGAUGAGUUGGAACUACGUUCCACACGGCUGCACCCAACACGCCAGAGCAGCAUGUACACGCUGUCACGAAUGGAUACCACCAUGGUGGUUGUUUACGACCCUGCCGAGGGUGACGGCAGUGCUGGUGGUGGCUCUGGGAGGAAGCACUCCCUGUCCACGAGGAAGAGGAGCUACAUCACAUCUCGCCACACUGAGAUCACUGGAUGUAACGGUAGCAGUGUUAAAACACAAAAUGGAGGCCCUCCAAACGCUCAACCCGAGGAGUUCUCUUGAGGAGCGCUUCCACCCACAUGCAGACAACAUAUGACAUACACACAAAUGUUCAUGAAUUUUAUACACAUCCAUAAUACGCUGUACAUACCAACAGUGCACAUGGUGUUAGCUUAAUUUAGACAUAGAAGCACUGUAUCAAUGUUGAAGUGGUUGCUUUAACGUGCAGAAAAUGAACAGCUGGAUAUGGAGAUUAUUGAAUAUAUUACCUUCCUGGAUAAUAUAAAAAAUUUAAAGAUGAUAAAGAUACUCUGGAGCAUGGAUGUAUUACUGAAUGGGCAUUCUGGGCACAAGUCAAGGGCUCAGGGAGCUACAAAGCCACUGUUUGAAGUGACUACAGUCACACAGGUGUUUUGCUCCUCGUUCUUUAAUAUGGGAAAUAUGCCAAUAUAAGUGUCAUCCAGUAUCUAAUUUACUAUGAUUUUGUUAACUUUGUCCCUACAGUAUACAGCUGGUAAUCCACACCAGAAAUAAGUAUUAUAAUGAGCAUUUUAAAAAUGUUUAACAGCAGAAAUGCUCCACUUAAAAAAAAAAAAAAAAUAUAUAUAUAUAUAUAGUAUAUUAUGUAUAGUAGUAUUUUGAGGAGAGGUGUGUCAGUGUGGAUCUGCUAUGGCUUGAAGCUUUGGGAUAUAUUUGUGCAGCUUGUCCUCAUCAACAGAAUAAAUGAACUACUGAAGAUCAGGAUUUGUUUUCAAUCAACAGAAAAAGAAAAACCAGAAAAAGACACAAAAUGAAUGCUAGUGACUGGGAUUGGCGUGGCGGUUGCUCUGGUAGGUACGAUGCGGGCUCUUCACAUGUCUGUGCCCAGGGGUCUGUUGUCUCAUAAUCCGUCCACACCCAGGAGCAGCCUUAACAACACACAAGGUGAGCAACGCUUACUCUGAAUAGUGUUAUCAUCUAAAUUUCAGGUGAUUUCCCUUGGAGUUAUACUUAUUUUUUCUCUUAUCCAAUCAGGGUUCCUCUGUCUCUCAUAAAUUUUAAUACAUAAUACAUAAUAAAUUAAGUAACUGUUCCUUCUUCUUUAGCUAAAACUUCAGCUCUGAUUGUGAUUAGCAUUAAACCAGUCAGUGCAUUGGUGUUUCAUUCAGGUCUUGGCCCCAUUAUUCAAUCAAUAGAUAAUGAAACUCUGCUUGGGUGUACACUGUUUGGAAUAUAAGCUAGAAUUGCGAGACUGUCUCACUAUGGAGAUAAUCUGAAAAUAUGUCAUGGUGAUUGUAAUUAUGUAAGUCAUAGUUUUCAUUUCCAUCUGUAAGUACUAACUGUGAACUUUAUUUGAUCCAGAGGGUGCACUCUGCAUCUAUUUCUCCCUGAAGCCAUGGAUGAGCGGUUGCAGAGCGCUGAACUCUGUUUGGCUUUAUAUUUGGCUCUGAGUUUGGCUCUGAAAGUAUUGGAAUUGAUUUUGGCUUUCGGUUAUGUAACUAUAGUAAGCAACACAUUUCCUGGUAACUAGCAACAGGCCAAAGGCAAAAUCCGGUAUACAUUUGUAACACAUCAAUAAACAGGCUGCUGGAGACUGACUAGAAUGAAAGCGAACUAACCAACGAGAGAGUAGUGGAUCAGUGUCUCCUUUUCUAUUUUAUAUCAUCUAAUAGAAGGAAAAAAAAUAAAGGAACCUGCAGAGUGAAAUGCAGUUAAUCCUUCUCUUACUGUUCUGUGGUGUUCUUUUAAAUGCGUUCCUCCAUGAGUAAUCAGUUCUGCAUACUGACGCUGUCUCUAGUUUCUUCCAUCAUGCUGUUGUCCUGGGUUGCAUCUUAAUUUAACUGCUUGCUUGACUGCACAUCAGGUGUUGGAACUGCACCAAGCAAUACUCUUGCCGGUAACAUGUUGGGUUGACAAUACGAUAAGUGGAACCACGCUGUGACAGGUACGAUUACAUAAACCAUAGGAACAAUGCCUCCCCUCUGACUCAUUACACAGCAACAACAAGGGAAAAAAACAUUAACUCUGCGUUCAUGAGGGUUGCUUUUUUUUCACUGCUGGGAAUUAAGCAUAAUAUUCCCUUUUUUGUGACCUUAUUUAAAGAUACUGCAAAGUAUUUUUUUAAAUAAUGUAUUGAGCGUUGUUGCCAUUUCCAGUAAAGGCUGAAUAGGUUCAACAGUUUGUGAUGGCAUAUUAUAUAUGUUGAUUAACAGAUGGCAAAAGGUUCCAAGAAAUUUAUUUUGUCAUGUAAUAAAGAAAAUUAAAGCUUAACUUUUCUAGAUCAACCUGAAAUUGGAACCAAAUUAUCAUUGUAAUCGUUCUUAAUUAUUCUUUCCAACAGUUAUGAAUGUUAGAAGACUUCAUGAAAGUAUUUACUGAAGAAUGUGAAGACAAAAAAGUUGUUGUGUAUUUCAGUGUCAUGUACUUUUAAGCUGUUGUCUGAUUUUUAAUAUAUUUGUAUGUAGUAAUGAUUUCUCUGUAUUAAUGUUUGUGUUUUGUAUGAAUGUACAGUACAACGUGUGCCUCACUUUGUCAAGUGAUGACUAUACUCUUUGUUGUAUCUUUAAAGGAUAACUAGUUCAUUUCAACCUGAGUCUCAUUUCUGUGUUCUGAACAUGAUGCAGUCUAUUCUCAUGUUGUCAUUACUUCACUACAUGUUUUUGCCCCUUUUAGUUUGCAGGAAGCACUGCUUUCACCGAUCUUAUCCAAAACAGGACUCAAGUUGAAAAUAACCAGAAUUAUCCUUUACACCAAUAAUAUAAAAUUAUUGUUGCUGAAAUGACCAAUUAUUUUGGUAAUUAGAGAUGAGGAAUUGUUAUUGACGAUACUAAGUGAUUUUAUAAUUCCAUAUCAUGUUUCUCAUUGUAAGACCUCCAGCAGGUGUUUCACUGGUCAUUGCAUUGGUCAAUACUGAUGUAUUUGCUUCAUGUAGCUUUAUUGCAGCGGCCAUCUUUACAGUUUCAUGAGUGUUUACAGGUGACAUUACAUGCUUAUGAUGAAAUGUAGCUGUGACUUGUUGCGAAUGCAGUUCAAUUUUAAUGACGAACAAAUACUGAGCAAUAGUGUUUUGUCUUGUGCUAGCUGUCUAAAACAAUACAGACUAAUGUAAUAAUCCACAACUUUUCAAUAUCUCAUCUCUACAGAAGCAAGCUGCUGCCAUGAAAGAAAAAUAUUUCAUUGCAAUUACCUCUUCCAAAUCUCAUAAUUACAGUAUGUCUGAGCAUUUUUAUCUUGUUAUUGAGAUGUACAGUACUUCUAUAUCAACCUCUAACCAGCUUGUUAAGCAUUUUACUUGUGAACAGAAAACUGUUACACAGGAAAAUGCACACAGUUAAUCUUAUAUUGGAAUAAAUAUAAGAAGUACUGGUUGGGUGAGCAGCGAUGGGCUUGUUGCUGAAAAGACAAAGAAACACACCUUAUCAACAGAAACGUUAAGAAGAAGAAGAAGAAACCAACAAUUCACUACUACUGCCUUUCAGAGAUUAACAACAAACCAAAAUAUGUUUGUUAUUCAUAAUUUUAAGCAUUACUCUCUCUGUCAACAUUUUUUAAGUCACUGAACAAAAUAACUCGUAUAUAUAUCUUAGUUUAGGAGCUGCUGUCAGACCAGUGAAUUGCUGUGCAAUACAAUUGAGAUCAGCACAAAUGUUGUGGAUUAUAGCAUUAAAUUGACCUUUGUUGAAGUGUCAGUAUGUGUUGUUGUUUCUGUCUGGCUAUACUGAAUUGGUUAAUAAACCAUUACAAAUUCA